AUGGUCAACGACCCCAACAAUGCAGAGCUAAUACGCUGGUCGGAUGCUGGAGACUCAUUCUUUGUGCUGGAUCAUGAGCGCUUUGCACACGAAGUUUUGGGCAGAUGGUUCAAGCAUCGCAACUUUAGCUCCUUUGUGCGCCAACUGAAUAUGUAUGGUUUCCAUAAGAUCCCACAUCUCCAGCAGGGAGUGCUGAAAAGCGACACCGAGACCGAGUUUUGGAACUUCGCGCAUGCAAACUUCCAUCGCGGACAGCCCGACCUUCUGUGCCUCAUUCAGCGGAAAAAGCAACCCCAACAAGGAGAAGAUGGAGCGAUAGAUCUUCGCGAUGCUUCUGCCAAUGCAGGACUACUUGGUGCCCCCGUUCAGAGCGCAGCUGGCACUGCUUCGACAAACCCACCACAAGCAAACGCCACGCUGUCUUCCGGACAGGUUCUCGACGUCAAUUCUAUCGUGAAUGGUAUUGCGGCGAUAAAACGUCAUCAGACGACGAUAUCUGCAGAACUGAACGAGCUGAAGCGGUCGAAUCAAAUGCUAUGGCAAGAUGCCAUUGCUGCGCGCGAAAGACAUCAGAAACAACAAGAUGUCAUAAAUAGGAUCCUCAAAUUCCUAGCUGGUGUGUUUGGGAAUCAUGGGGCAUCUGGUGGAUCUGGAGGUGGUGUGGCCACUGCGUCGCCUAGCCCAGGCACUCGGGGAGAAGGGGAUGGGCAGAAUCUUGGCAUGGCGAGACGGCGGAUGAGAUUGAUGAUAGAGGAUGCAAAGAGAGACGGACCUAAGAAAAGUAUGGUGGAAGAGCUGACGAGCAUGGAUGAGUUUGACUCCAGUUAUCCAACCAUUGAAACACCCAUUUCUAUCGCAUCUCCGGCGCCAUCCGUUGCGAUGUCAGAUAGAAUCACAGUCACAGACGCAUCAGCAGCACCUUCCGUGGACUCUUCUUCCUCUUCGGCAUCAGAGACGACCUUGCCCAGUCAACAACCAGAGCACGAAAACCAAAUAUCCCGCUCCGUGACACCUGUUCGGCACAACAACCCCUCCUUUGAAUUCGACCCCCGAUUACAUGGAGUUCUGAAUCAAUUCACUCCAGCUCAGCUCCAGCAGUUAUUGGCGUCCCUCGCUUCACAACCGCCGCUUUCAGAUCCCACACCUUCCUCUUCCAAUACAUCGACAUCGACAAUCAAUCAGAGCAACAACAUGGCUGGUCUCGUUACUCCAUACCUGCAACCUUCAUUGUUUGAUUUUUCGAUAAACCCUUCUUCGACUACCAACAACCAACCGACGUUCGCCAAUGUAUCACAACCUACAGGAUCAGUUGAUGGGUUAAUACCAUUCGACCAAUUCGCCCCUGGACCAUCAACAACUAGUCAAAAUACGAAUAACAGCGUGUCAAAUCCUCACCAGAUACAUGAAGAAAGGAUGGAACGUCAGUGGCAGGUUGCAGAAGACAUUGACAAAGAUGUUAAUGAUUUGAAUACGAGCAUUAACUCUCUGAUUCAGACAUUCGGCCUUGACCCCUCUUUACUCGAGAAUCCAGAAAUGGUCACACCUGGGCAAGAUAUGGACGAUAACAUGCAAGGGACGGGUGCAAAUGGAUCCACAGCACCGUCUGACUUCGACUUCGAUUCAUUCUUCAACCACUUGUCGUCAGGAUCUGGCACGAAUGGCAUGGACAUGACUCCUGACAAUCCGAUGACUGGUGGUGUUGAUUAUAACGACAUGGCAUCCACCGCGUUUCUGGAUGAGGUGCAGACACCGUCAUCGGAUAUGACCGCGUCGCCUAUACAGCCUUUGAGGCAGGUUUCUCCCGGGAUAAACUUGGAUAUCCCUGCUAACGAUGUCAACGUCAGUAGUACUGGCUUGCAUCCUUCGACUAACACGAGUUCGAAACAGUUCAACCUGAACCUGAAUGCGAACACGGCUGCAGUGGGAAGGAAACGGAAGUCGGAGAUUGAUUUUGAUGCCUUGGACGAUGCGAUGGACGGUCAGCAAGCAGCGGCCGCUGCGACGACGACAACGACGAGUAAAGUAGCGGCUGUCACUGGGGGUCCUGCAAAGUCAAAACGCAGGAAGGAUAAAUGA